UUCCUCCGGCGGGAGUGAUUGGUGGAAAUCCCCCCCGACCCAAAACGGAGUCGACGUUUUGGUCUCAAAAUAUUUUGGCGUGUUUUUCGACUGACUCAAUUCGGGACAUUUCCUCCGCGCAAAGUGACACGAUUGGCUACUCGGCGGUAAGAUGGAGCCAAACCUGGAGGACUUGUCCAUAAGUCAGGAUCUCCAGAUGAGUCAGGAAUCCUUCCUGAAAGUCUGGGGCACCUACCUGACAUGUUCCUUCCUCGCCAACGAAGAUAAUCACCCAUCCAGCACCAACCAGCUCCACGACAUGCCGGAGCAAUUUGACGAGAACCUCUUCGACAUGCCGGAGGUGCCGCCCGUCGUCGACGCCGUCCCCCCGCCGGCCUCCACCGUGCCGGUCACCAUAGACCAUCCUGGGGACUACGGCUUCCUGCUCCGUUUUCAGAACUCCGGCACCGCCAAGUCGGUCACGUCCACUUAUUCAACGAUGCUGAACAAGCUCUACUGCCAGCUGGCCAAGACCAGCCCGGUGGAAGUGCUGGUGAGCAAAGAGCCGCCGGCGGGCGCCAUCCUCCGAGCCACAGCGGUCUACAAGAAGACGGAGCACGUGGCUGACGUGGUGCGCCGGUGCCCGCACCACCAGAACCAGGAUGCGGCGCCGCACAGCAGCCACCUGAUCCGAAUGGAGGGCAGCCAGCGGGCGCAGUAUUUCGAGGACGUGAACACCAAGAGGCAGAGCGUCACGGUCCCCUACGAGCCCCCCCAGCUGGGCUCCGAGAUGACGACCAUCCUGCUCAGCUUCAUGUGCAACAGCUCCUGCAUGGGGGGCAUGAACCGCCGGCCCAUCCUCACCAUCCUGACCCUGGAGACCCCCGACGGGCUGGUGUUGGGCCGGAGGUGUUUUGAGGUGCGCGUCUGCGCGUGUCCCGGCCGGGAUCGCAAAACCGAAGAGGAGAACAACGCGAAGAUGCAAAGCGGCACCAAGGAAACCAAAAAGCGCAAGAGUAACCCGCCCGCGGUCGCCGCCCCAGUUAAGAAACCCAAGCCGAGCUCCAGCACUGACGGAGAUGACAAAGAGAGGUUUUGUUUGGUGGUUUUCGGACGCGAGCGAUACGAACUGUUGAAGAAGAUCAACGACGGCCUGGAACUGCUGGAAAUGCAAGCAAAAAACAAGUCAAAUGCGGUGGUGAGACCCGAGGUGGUGCUUCCUUCCAGUGGGAAGCGACCCUUGCUCAAAGAAGAGCGCAGCGACACGGAUUAAAGAAAAAAAACAAAACAAAACUGCAAAUGAUGAUGGAAAAAGGCGGUUCUGAAUUUCUACUCUUUAUUUUUCCAUGUUUCACAUGUCAUUCCUUUUUGAAAGGGUUUUGGGUAUUUUUUUUUUUUUUUUUUUUUACUGGAUCAUGAGAUGUACUUUACUGCUCCCGGUCCUCCAUUUUGACUGGAGCAGCUGUCAUUUCUGUUAUGUCAUUUGGUGCUUUCAAAUCAUUUCUGUGUUGAAUGCUUGCUCAUGAAUAAAUUGCUGCGUCCUUUUGUUUUUGUUUUUUCAAUUGAAUAAAAAAACACCAAAGUCCA